AUGGGGAACAAAAUCGCUCGGACGACGCAAGUCUCGGCGACGGAGUACUACCUCCACGACCUCCCGUCCUCGUACAAUCUGGUACUGAAGGAAGUUCUGGGUCGAGGGAGAUUCUUCAAAUCGAUCCUUUGCAAGCACGACGAAGGAUUGGUGCUCGUUAAGGUAUAUUUCAAGCGCGGCGACUCAAUCGAUCUCAGAGAGUACGAGCGCCGUCUCGUCAAGAUCAAGGAUGUGUUUUUAUCUCUCGAACAUCCCCACGUCUGGCCUUUCCAGUUUUGGCAAGAGACUGAUAAAGCGGCUUAUCUAGUGAGGCAAUACUUUUUCAGUAAUCUUCAUGAUCGAUUGAGUACUCGGCCUUUCCUCAGUCUUGUAGAGAAGAAAUGGUUGGCGUUUCAGUUGCUUCUUGCUGUGAAGCAGUGCCAUGAGAAGGAUAUAUGUCAUGGUGAUAUCAAGUGCGAGAACGUAUUGGUCACUUCCUGGAACUGGCUUUACCUUGCUGAUUUUGCAUCCUUCAAACCCACAUACAUUCCUUAUGAUGAUCCUUCAGACUUCUCCUUCUUUUAUGACACUAGGGGACAAAGACUUUGUUAUCUGGCUCCAGAGAGAUUCUAUGAGCAUGGGGGUGAGACAAAAGUAGCACAAGAUGCCCCGUUAAAGCCAUCCAUGGAUAUAUUUGCUGUGGGGUGUGUGAUAGCAGAGCUUUUUCUUGAGGGUCAACCACUGUUUGAACUGGCUCAGCUUCUGGCUUAUCGUAGAGGGCAACAUGAUCCUAGCCAACACCUUGAAAAGAUUCCUGACCCGGGAAUUCGCAAGAUGAUUCUUCACAUGAUUCAGUUAGAACCCGAAGCACGUCUAUCAGCUGAAGACUACCUCCAAAAUUAUGUGGGAAUUGUUUUCCCAAACUACUUCUCACCAUUUCUGCACACUUUAUACUGUUGUUGGAAUCCACUUCCUUCAGAUAUGAGGGUAGCAACUUGCCAGGGUAUAUUUCAAGAAAUACUAAAGAAGAUGAUGGAAAAUAAGCCAGGUGAUGAGAUCGGCAUUGAUCCUUAUGUAAAUUCAAAUUCAGUGAAUGCAAGCAAGGUACAGGAAACUUUUGCAAAUCACAAACUGAACACAUCAAAGGACUUGAUAAAGGAUCCUGUAAACUCCAAGGACGAGAUCCUUUACUCUAUUUCUGAUGCACUCAAGAAAAAUCGCCAUCCUUUCUUGAAAAAGAUAACAAUGGACGAUUUGGGUACACUAAUGUCUCUCUACGAUAGCCGUUCUGACACUUAUGGCACACCUUUUCUACCGGUAGAGGUUAACAUGAGAUGUGAGGGAAUGGUUCUGAUUGCAUCUAUGCUCUGUUCUUGUAUCCGCAAUAUCAAGUUGCCUCAUCUUAGGAGGGAAGCUAUACUUCUACUGAGGUCUUGCUCUUUGUAUAUUGAUGAUGAAGAUCGCUUGCAACGUGUCCUUCCAUAUGUUGUUUCCCUGCUUUCUGAUUCAACAGCAAUUGUACGGUGUGCUGCCAUGGAAACUCUGUGUGACAUCCUGCCACUUGUCCGAGAUUUCCCUCCCAGUGAUGCAAAGAUUUUCCCAGAGUAUAUAUUUCCGAUGCUCUCCAUGCUUCCUGAUGAUCCAGAAGAGAGUGUGAGGAUAUGUUAUGCAAGCAAUAUUGCAAAACUUGCUCUUACUGCUUAUGGCUUCUUGAUACACUCUUUCCAGUUGAGCAACGUAGGGGUUCUUAAUGAAUUAAAUUCGCAGCAUGUCUCCACUACACCUCCUAGUGAGACCCCCAGUCAGUUGCAAAAAGCAAAUGGCGAUGCACAGCUUGCGCAGCUGAGAAAAACUAUAGCUGAAGUUGUUCAGGAGCUUGUUAUGGGUCCAAAACAAACUCCAAAUGUUAGAAGAGCACUCCUUCAGGACAUAGGGGAGCUCUGCUUUUUCUUUGGUCAGAGGCAGAGUAAUGACUUUCUACUACCGAUCCUCCCUGCAUUUCUAAAUGACAGAGACGAGCAGCUAAGAUCCGUGUUCUUUGAGAAAAUUGUUUAUGUUUGCUUCUUUGUUGGUCAGAGAAGUGUGGAGGAGUAUCUCUUGCCUUAUAUUGAUCAAGCUUUAAGUGAUCAGACAGAGGCUGUCAUUGUCAAUGCAUUGGAUUGCUUAUCCACAUUAUGCAAGAGUAGUUUCUUGCGGAAGAGAGCUCUCCUCCAAAUGAUAGAGUGUGUUUAUCCUUUGCUGUGGUAUCCAUCUCAAUGGGUAAGGAGGGCAGUUGUCACUUUCAUAGCUGCCACUAGUGCAUGCUUGGGGGAAGUUGACUCUUACGCUUUUAUUGCCCCAGUAAUACGCCCCUUUCUCAGUAGACUGCCUGCGUCAAUUGCUUCUGAGGAAGGUCUACUUUCAUGUUUAAAGCCCCCAGUCACAAGGGAGGUAGUUUACGGUAUCCUUGAAACGGCCAGGAAGCCAGAAAUUGCGGCAAAACAGCGAAAGAUAUGGUACAGUUCUUCACCUCAGUCCAAAGAUUGGGAGACUGUUGAUUUCUUUAACAAGGAUACUGGUAACUUGAACUCAACGGAACGUGUGGCCGAACAGAAGAAACGUGUGGAAGGAAAAAAACCGAUUAUGAAUGCAUCGCAGAAACAAGAAGUUCAUGGAAAGCGUGCAGAGAAAGAUGCUAAACUGAGAAUCCCGAGAAACCCAAGACUCAAUGCUUCGAACACAGCUGAGCUACGUGAUCCAGAGAAGUUACAGUUCUCUGGGUUUAUGGCACCAUAUAUAACUGAUCCAGAGAGCAUACCUCUCUAUUCGUUUAGCAUGGACAAACGAGCAGCUAUGAAUCCUCCAGUGGCUUCUGAGUCUUCAUUGCAGAUGAACUCUCUGGGAAUGGGUUCGUUAUCAGUGCCAUGGAUGGAUUCCAUGAGUAAGUCAUUUAACUUGGCUAGUUCGGUUCCAGUGCCUAAGCUGGUUUCUGGGUCUUUCCAUGUCGGUGCCAAUUCUAAACACUUUUACAGAGUGGUACAUGAGCCAGAAUGCAGAGAAAAUGAUCAAAUGUCCUCAGCCAUCAGUAAAUUUCAAGACCUUGGUGUAUCAAGCUCCUCAAAAAGUGCUUCUGUAACCUCAGAAGAUGCCUCUUCAACAUCAGAUCUCGUAGGAGAACCAUCUCUCUCAAGGACAUCGGUUCCGGAUUCAGGUUGGAAGCCUCGUGGAGUAUUAGUUGCUCAUCUACAGGAGCAUCGCUCUGCGGUCAACGACAUUGCCACUUCAAGCGAUUAUAGCUUUUUCGUUACUGCAUCAGAUGAUACGACAGUGAAAGUGUGGGACUCUAGAAAACUGGAAAAGGACAUCUCGUUCAGGUCAAGGCUAACAUAUCAUCUUGAGGAGGGAAGCAGAGCGAUGUGCACAACAAUGCUUCGGAAUUCCACGCAAGUUGUAGUUGGAGCCUCUGAUGGUGUGAUACACAUGUUUUCCAUUGACCAUAUCUCCAGAGGCUUGGGGAAUGUAGUGGAGAAGUAUUCAGGCAUUGUUGAUAUUAAAAAGAAGGAUGUUAAAGAAGGCGCUCUAGUUUCUCUCUUAAAUUAUACCGCUGAUAGCCUUUCUGGUCCCAUGGUAAUGUAUAGUACUCAAAACUGCGGAAUCCACCUUUGGGAUACAAGAUCAGAUUUAGAUGCAUGGACACUGAAAGCAAACCCUGAAGAAGGAUAUGUGUCUUCUUUGGUCAUAAGCCCUUGUGGGAAUUGGUUUGUCUCUGGGUCUUCAAGAGGAGUGCUUACUCUUUGGGAUCUUAGAUUUCGUAUCCCCGUAAACUCGUGGCAGUACCCUGUCAUAUGCCCCAUAGAGAAGAUGUGCCUCUGCUAUCUUCCUCCAAGCGUCUCAGUGUCCACCACUAUGAGACCUUUAAUUUAUGUUGCUGCCGGCUGCAAUGAAGUUUCACUCUGGAAUGCCGAGGGAGGUAGCUGUCAGCAGGUAUGGAGGGUAGCCAACUAUGAAAAUGAGAUGGAUGCUUCGGAGUUUCAAUGGAAGUUACCAAGCAAUAAAGUAAAUCCCAAGUUGAAUCUGCGGCAGAACAUGAGCUCCAAAUACAGAAUCGAAGAGUUGAAUGAGCCUCCUCCUCGGCUUCCUGGUAUCCGCUCCUUGCUUCCUUUGCCCGGUGGUGACUUGUUAACCGGUGGUACUGACUUGAAGAUUCGGCGUUGGGAUUACUCCAGCCCUGAGAGAAGUUACUGUAUCUGCGGUCCCAGUUUGAAGGGAGUUGCAAACGAUGAUUUCUACGAGCUCAAAACCAACUCCGGAGUGCAAUUUGUUCAGGAGACAAAGAGGAGGCCUCUGGCGACCAAACUGACAGCGAAGGCGGUUCUUGCAGCCGCUGCAACAGACACAGUGGGUUGUCACCGUGACUCGGUUCAGUCUCUGGCGUCCGUGAAACUGAACCAGAGACUGUUGAUUUCAAGCAGCAGAGAUGGAGCCAUUAAGGUCUGGAAGUAA